AUGGCGCUGCGGGGCCGCGGCUUGGUCUGGGGCUGGGGCCGGGGCCGGGGCCGGGGCCGGGACCGGGGCUGCGCGGCGCUGCGGGCCCCGGGGCCGGGGCGGAGGAGCAGCGCGGUGGGGGCCGGGGCCGGGGCCGGGGCCGGGGCCGAGCGGCGGCUGAAGGGCCCCGAGGACCUGCCGGGCUCGGGGCUGCUGGCCGGGCUGUACUGGCUCUUCGUGCGCGGAUACCUCCUGCACACGCACCGGCUGCAGCUGAUCUCCAAGCGGGCGUAUGGGCCCCUGUGGAAGUCGUCCCUGGGGCCUUACACCAACAUCAACGUGGCCUGCCCUGAGCUGCUGGAGCAAGUGCUGCGGCAGGAGGGCAAGUACCCGGUGAGGAGCGAUAUGGCGCUGUGGAAGGAGCACCGCGAUGCCCGGGGCCUGCCCUACGGCCCGUUCACUGAGGAUGGGGAGCGCUGGCACCGGCUGCGCCAGGUGCUGAACCGGCGGAUGCUGAAGCCGACGGAGGCCGUGCUCUACACCGGGACUAUCAACGCCGUGACGUCCGACCUGCUGGGGCGGCUGGAGGCCGAGCGGCGUGGCAGCCCUUCAGGCCGGGGCGUGGGCGACGUGGCCAGCCUGCUCUACCGCUUCGCCUUGGAGGGCAUCGCCAGCAUCCUGUUCGAGACCCGCAUCGGGUGCCUGGAGCCGCAGGUGCCGCCCGAGACCCAGCGCUUCAUCGCCGCCAUCGGCUGCAUGUUCCGCGACUCCGUCUUCGUCACGGCCCUGCCCGCCUGGACCCGGGCGCUGCUGCCCUUCUGGGACCGCUACCUGCGCAGCUGGGACACCAUCUUCGCCUUCGGCAAGAAGCUGAUCGACCGCAGGAUGGAGGAGCUGGCGGCGCAGCUGGAGCAGGGCCAGGAGGCCUCCGGCUACCUGAGCUACCUGCUGGCCUGCGGCCACCUCGCACCCACACAGGUCUACGGCAGCGUGGCUGAGCUGCUGCUGGCCGGCGUGGACACGACAUCCAACACGCUGUCGUGGGCUCUGUACCACCUGGCGCGGGACCCGCAGGCCCAGGCCGACCUUCACCGCGAGGUGACGGGCAUCGUGGGGGGGCAGGUCCCCGAUGCCCCCCACCUGGCGCAGAUGCCGCUGCUCAAGGCCAUCGUCAAAGAGACGCUCAGGCUCUACCCCGUCGUGCCCACCAAUGCACGGAUCAUUGUGGAGAAGGAUGUCGUGGUGGGGGACUAUCUCUUCCCCAAGGACACGCUGUUCGUCCUGGCGCACUACGCAAUGGCUCAUGAUGAGCGCAGCUUUCCAGAGCCAGAGCGCUUCCUGCCCCAGCGCUGGCUCCGGGCCGGGGCCGCCCCCCACCACCCCUUCAGCUCCAUCCCCUUCGGCUACGGCGUCCGCGCCUGUGUUGGCCGCCGCAUCGCCGAGCUGGAGAUGCACCUGGCCCUGACACGGAUCAUCCAGAACUACGAGCUGCACCCGGACCCCCGCGGCGGGGAGGUGCACCCCCUCUCCCGCAUUGUGCUGGUGCCCGACAAACCCAUCAACCUGGAGCUCGUGGCCCGGGCGCCAGUCCCCUGAGUGCAGCCAGCCUUGCCUGGGACCCUGGGGGUCCUGUCCUGGCCCAGGGGACAGACCCUGCCUCCAGGGCAGUGUCAAAGGGUCAUUUUAACCCUUCAGGACCAAGCUGGAGGUUACCUGUGCACCCCCUCACCCCCCAACCCUAUGCCCGCUGCUGUGGAGGGCUCCGACCCUCUCCCAGACCCAGAGGGGCCCCAGCUGGCACCGGGACAGGGCUGGGCUUUGCAAGUCCUCCAGCCGAGCCCUACACGUGACCUGGGCGCUAUGUGCCCCAUAGGGCCCUGCUGUGCCCAGGGUGGGGGGCAGGGGGUACUACCAGCUGGGAGCCCCGAUGCCUGGGUUCUCCUCCAGCUCUACCCCAGAUGGGCUGACCCCAUGCAACCCUGGGCAGCUCUGGGUCUCAGUUUCCCUGUUGGCCAGCAGUGCCGCUAGCCCCCGUGUGCAAGCCGUGGGGAGAGGGCACUGCCAGACCCUGCAGGAUUCAGCCCAACAGCAGUAAACCACCAGUGCCCGAG